UUUCCGAUAAAGUCAAAGGUCUAUUCAUACUAAUGACACGUGUAAGUAGAAUGGUAGAUUUCACAUUGCAAAGUUUGAACUGUCGCAACAAUAUUACGACCACAUAAUUAGAAGUAUAACGUCAAAAUUAGCAUUUAUAUCGCAGGUUUUAUAACUUUUAUCGAAUAACGUAAGUGUUUAUUCGCCAUUGCUGAAAAGCUAACCAAAUGGCCUCGGGUGCGAUGUCUCCGACUGAUGAUGAUGAGCUCACUCUCCCUCGUGCAUCAAUAAAUAAAAUGAUCAAAGAAAUUUUGCCGCACGUACGAGUUAGAACUGAAUCCAGAGAACUCAUUCUCAAUUGCUGUACCGAGUUCAUCCAUCUUUUAUCUUCCGAAGCAAAUGAAAUCUGCAAUCAACAGCAAAAGAAGACAAUAAACGCCGAACAUGUACUGCAAGCGUUAGAGAAAUUAGGUUUUGGUGAUUACAACGCGGAAGCGGAGGCUGUAUUGCGUGAUUGUAAAGCAGUGGCCGCUAAAAGGAGACGUCAAAGUACUAGAUUGGAAAAUCUCGGAAUUCCAGAAGAGGAAUUAUUUCGGCAACAACAAGCGUUGUUUGCAAAAGCACGAGAAGAGCAGGCGGUUGCAGAACAACAGCAAUGGCAGCAGUUACAGGCUGUUGCACAAAUGGCAACUAUGCCGCAAACUUACAGUGAACAAGAAGAUUAUUCAUAAAUGAAAAAUAUUCAAAGACGAUAAGUUAUGCUUAAAGGUAGUCGGUUUUACUUUUCUUUUUUUACUUUGAGAAGACACGUAAAUGCACGGAACGAAACUAUAAUGGAAAACAUUCGCAGAUGAAACUAAAUCAGAAAUAAAAAUUAAAAAGAGAACAUUAAGUAAAAAUUAUAAAACUAAAUUAGGAACAUAAAACGCAAAUUCUGCUUAUUUCUGAGAUGUUUUUAAGAAUAAUUAAGAAGAAUAAUGAGAAUAUUAUUUUCCUAAGAACUUCAUUUUGUACCAUACUUUAGCUGUG